GUGACCAAACAGCUUUGGUAUUUUUUGCUCCUAUCCCGGAUUAGGGUUAACUCUUCCGACUAACAAAUUUUGUAAGGCGCCAACUGAAAACUCCCCGCAAUUUCUCACUUCUCACUACACCUUUAACAACAACAAACAGGUAAAAAGCAACUCACCAUUUUUCUUUUCCCUCAUUGAAAUUUCUCCUUCAAAAUCUUCCAUUGCACUUCUUCUAUCCUCCUCUUUGCCAUCGGACAAUGCUGCUGUUGCACUAAAAAGGAGAAUGGGUAGCCAAACUAUUCCAAGCCAUGAGCGCUCCCGAACAUAUUGGACACCAGUAAUGGAACGUUACUUUAUUGAUCUUAUGUUGGAGCAGCUUCAUAGAGGGAACAGGAGUGGGCACACUUUCAACAAGCAGGCAUGGACAGACAUGCUCACGAUGUUCAAUACAAAAUUUGGAUCUCAGUAUGAUAAAGAUGUAUUGAAGAGUCGCUAUACAAAUUUGUGGAAGCAAUUCAACGAUGUAAAGAAUUUACUAGGUCAUAGUGGUUUUUCCUGGGAUGAAGGUCGACAAAUGGUAAUAGCUGAUGACUAUGUAUGGGACAUUUACAUCAAGGCUCAUCCCGAUGCACGAUCCUACAAAACUAAAGCAGUACUGAAUUUUAGUGAUUUAUGCCUGAUAUAUGGAUACACUAAUGCUGAUGGAAGAUACAGUCGAUCAAGUCAUGAUAUAGACUUUGACGAUGAAGUCCAAGCUGUAAAUGCAGGUGAUACCAUGGGUUGCCUAGCACCUCCUGAUCGUCCGAGGACAGAUUGGACUCUAGAAAUGGAUCGGUAUUUCAUUGAGCUUAUGCUGGGUCAAAUAGGAAGAGGCAAUAAGACGUCUAAUACAUUCAAUAAGCAUGCAUGGACUGAUAUGCUUGCACUGUUUAAUGCUAAAUUUGGUCCUCAACAUGGUAAAAGGGUGUUAAGGCACCGAUAUAAGAAACUAUGGAAAUACUACAGUGAUAUUAUGAAUCUACUUCAACAAAAUGGAUUUUGCUGGGAUGAAGUACAGCAAAUGGUGGUUGCGGCUGAUGAUAUUUGGGAUGCUUAUGUUAAGACACACCCAUUUGCACGAAGCUAUAGAAUGAAACCCUUGCCAAACUACUAUGACUUGGUUCUCAUAUAUGGGAAUGUAAUUGAUAAUGAGAACCAGAAUCAUUUGCAACUAGAUAAAAACAUUCAAGACCACAUAUCAGAGGUAAAGGGUGGAGAAUCAAAUGAGAACCAAAUGGCAACUGUCAGCGAUCGUACAAGAACAUAUUGGACGCCCCCAAUGGAUCGUUACCUCAUAGACCUGCUAUUAGAACAGGUGCAUAGGGGCAAUAAAAUAGGUCAGACAUUUGUUAGUCAUGCUUGGAUUGACAUGGUUACUGCUUUUAAUGCCCAAUUCAGAGCUCACCAUGACAAGGAUGUGCUGAAAAAUCGAUACAAACAUUUGAGACGGUUGUAUAAUGAAAUAAAGAUUCUUCUCGAACAGAGAGGAUUUUCGUGGGAUGAAAACCGUGAAAUUGUUACUGCAGAUGAUCAUGUUUGGGAUGCUUAUACGAAGGAUCACCCUGAUGCCCGAUCAUACAGAGUUAAAACUGUACCAAGCUAUCACAAGUUGUGCUUUAUAUUUGGUGAAGAAAGUUCUGAUAGAAGAUAUAGCCGUUUGGCCCAUGAUACCCAUCCCAGUAAUGGAGCACCUGUUCUGAUGACUGAUGAAAAGAAAAAUAAUGAAGUUUCUGCUGGACCUUUACCCAUGAUAGAUUGGACACCACAGAUGGAUCGCUCUUUUAUUGAUCUCAUGCUCGAACAACUGCAAGAAGGAAAUACCUUUGGUCAAGCAUUUAGUGAGCAAGCAUGGACUCACAUGAUUGUAUCAUUCAAUGAGAGGUUCAAACUUCAAUGUGACAGAUAUGUUCUAGAAGAUCGUUAUUUCUGGUGGAUGAAGCAAUACAGCGACAUCUACAAUCUUCUCGAUCACAAUGGGUUCGUGUGGAAUGAAUCUCAACAAUUGAUUACUGCCGAGGAUAAUCUCUGGGAAGCUUAUGCAAAGGAGCAUCCAGAUACCCUCUUGUACAAAGACAAAUUCCUAGGCUACUAUACCGAUUUGUGCAAGAUUUUUGGGAACAUAUUAGACAGAGGAGUUAACGGUCAGUGUACGGGUGAAACCAACAAUGGAAAUUUGGAGAUAAAGGUGGAUGGAAAUGAACACCUACUACUGAAGUCAAGAGAGACUCAAAUUUCUCAACAGAGAAAGCGUCCUGCAGACAUAAUAUCAUUGGACAGAGAGCUGUCGAAGAAAGUGGAUAGAACCGAGAACGACGUGCAGAAAGCUAUCUCUGAGAUGGCAGGUGUUGUCUCAAAAUUGGUGAACAUGAAACAGCAACAUAACUAUAAAGCAGUGGAAGGCGCCAUUGAUGCUCUUCAAGCUAUACCAGACAUUGAUGAUGAACUAAUGUUAGAUGCUUGUGAUCUAUUAGAAGAUGAAAGGAAGGCUAAAACAUUUGUGGCUUUGGAUGCAACCUUGCGAAAAAAGUGGUUACUAAGAAAGCUUCGUUAUCAAGCCACUUCCUUACAGUAACUAGUAAGUAUUUUGCUAACUUCCAACUAAGUUUACUGAGUAAAAAAAUGAUUUUUGUUUGUUGUUUCUUAUAUUGUUGUAUGGUUUCAUCCACCUCUCCCUGACUGGUUGAUAAUCAUGUAGUUAUAAGUGAUUGAAGUUAACUUUUUACCUUAAACGUUUGCUUUAACGGUGUACAUGAUGGAGUAUAAAAUGGAAAAGGUUUUAGACUUUAAGUUGGCUUAGCCUGAGUUUA